GGUGGUGGCACCGGCGCCUCCUGCUGCUGCUGCUGCUGCUACUGUUGUUGCUGCAGGGAGGGAGAAGGCAGAGGGGGGAGGGGACGUCCCCUCCCCCCCGCUGCCGUCACCCCCCCGCGGCCAGAGAGCAGGAGGAAAGAAGGAUUGCUACUUCCCAUUUGCUGUUUUAUUGCCUAUCAUCUCCAAUGGGCUGCUUGUUACCCUUCCUUUGAAGAAAAGUGUUUAAUGAUUUUUUGCCCAAGUACAUUCACAGUAUCCUAAGGCACAACCCUUAGUUUUAAGUAUUGUAAGCUGGCCAUUGGCAGCCUAGAAUGUAUUUGAAUUACAUAAAGGAAAUAAACAUUCCAUAUUAUAAGGAACACUCAAAAUGACUUGCAUCCAAAGCACAAUAAAAUAUAAUAAAGGAGUCAUAAUCUGAAAAUAAGCUUUCAUCUCUAUCGGGUAGAAUGGAAUUGAAUAAAGGUUAUAUGAAGGAGUCUUGACAGUACAAUUAACAAAAUGUUUUUGAUGAGAGGACAAGAAAAGAACUUUUCACAGACACAUACUGUAAAGUUUGUGGGGCUAUACUGCAGUUUGAAUCGCAACGAAUAGCUCACUAUGAGGGAAAAAGGCAUGCACAAAAAGUACGGCUUUAUUUACAAAUGUAUAAUGAACAAAUGGACAGGCUGCAUAUGAAUUUCCAGGAGAAUCCAAAUAUGGACAAAAAUAUGUAUUGCAAACUUUGCAACAUGGUCUUCACAUCUCCAGUUGUUGCUCAAUCACACUAUCUGGGAAAGAUUCAUGCCAAGAAACUGAAGCAGUUGUCAGAUCAGACUCAGCCCAUACAGGAUGUUCAGUCAGAACAUGAUUCCUCGGCAAUUUCAAUUCUGCCAGAGGCAUCUCUUGAAAAGAACUUGCAACAGGAUGUUGAUUCUGAGGACCUAUAUUCAUCCUGUAGAACUGCUUUGGAUUUCGAUGAUCCGGAUAAAUAUUGCAAACUCUGUUCUGCACCCUUCAACAACUCGUUUAUGGCCCAUCAACACUACGUAGGCAAAAAGCACAAAAGAAAUGUAUUACGUAAGAAAUUGGUGGCUGAGAUUGGAACUCAGGCUAUCCCUCUGGAGUCCAAACCCAAUGCACUUGGCGUGGGCAACUAUGUAUGCACAACAUGCAAUAUCAGCCUCACAUCCAUAGAGAUGUACCAGUCACACAUGCAAGGAAAUAAGCAUCAGCUUAAAGAAAAUAUGAUUGCCACUUCUCUGAUGAAGAUUUCCAGUAAUACAAACAGUUCAUUCCAAGAUGAAUUGGCAGAUUACAUCCAAGUACAAAAAGCAAGAGGACUGGAACCAAACGUUAAUUUUAGAAAGCCUGAGCAAAAAACCUGUGAAGCUAUUAAUGGUCAUGAGGAGACCUUUGCAUCUGACCAAGGUUUUCUUUCAAGAAAUGCUUAUGAACCAAAUCAGCAUUCCACUUUUUUUCCAGAAAUGGACACAUUUUCAUAUUCUGUUGGAAGCAGAUCACCAUACCCACCAAUGCAAAAAUAUCCAGUAAAACUAGAAAAUGUAUGUACGUACAGCACAAACAGUGAUUCUGAAAAGCAAGUGCCUCAGUUGACUAUCUACAGAAAUGACAGCUAUAAACCACUAUCGGCCGAAUCUACUGAUAGGUACAAGUCUUUGUUUUCAAAAAAUAGCUCUAGUGCUGACAAGGGAAGCCAUAAGCUGCCAAAGAAAUCGAGAGCCAAAAAAGAAAGGCCACAAGAGGGAGAAGGAGAUCGUUCAACUCUUAAAAGAGCAGGAGACAAUCAAGAGACAGAGUUGGAAAAAGAUGGUAAGAAGAAAAAAAAGAAAAAUCAUAUAGAUUCAAUAGCUGGGUCAAAAUCAAAGCAUAGUAAAGUAAAGGGAAGUAAAGAUCAUUCUUCUGAAAAGAAAAGCAAAAGACACAAGAAGGAGAGAAAGAAAUAUGAAACCAGUGCAACUACAGAAGAGGACAUGCUGUGGAAUGAAUCUGUCUUGGGAUUCUAAUUAACUUUCUGUUUAUUGUUGCUUGAAGCUUGACACAGUUUUUUUAAUGUUUUAUUUACUGGCUAUUUUUAAAGUUGCUACUUCAGAAAUAAUGAGUGGAGAUGGAAAUCAUUAGGGAAGAAAUUGAAGAAAUUCUCCAAUAUGAUUUGGAGUAUCAUUUAUAUUUUAAAAAUGCUUCUACCCAGAACAAGACUGAAUACACCAGAAAAUAUUUCAUAUUUGAUACAGAAGCAUAUAACUUGUUAAGUUCCAUUAAGUACAUAUUGUUGUAAAGUUUAACAGAGAAUAUAAAAAUAUGAGACGGGGCUGGAUUGUACCCCAAAGUAGAUAUUUUUUCUUCCUGCAGAUAAUAAAGAAAAAAAAGCAUAUAAGAGAUAAUUUGUUUAAUGUUUUUCCUCCAUAUCAAAUUCUUCCUUUUUUUUGAGAGCACAUUGAUGGAAUGCUCCUAUUUGAGCUUAAUUGUAGACAAAUUAGGUUAACCAUUGUUUUUAAAAAUUAUUGUGACAGACUUUAUAUAAAAGCAAAAGGAAUAUAUAAUUCUGAAAUGUUUAGGCAUUCAAGGAUUUUUAAAUGUAGUUAUAAUGAUUUUUUUAAAUAAUUGACAUUUUGUGUUGUUUCCAGGGUUCAAAUUCUUUUUCCACAUUCACUGGCAAAUUAUUAAAAUAAGGCAUUGGAAAGUAUUGCAGACUGAGCCCUUGUUUGAAACAUGUUGGGGAACCAAAGUGAAACAUUUUGAGGCAAUUUGGAUAUAAUCAGUUGUAUCUACAUUUCUAGUUUUUUCUUAUGUAAUAAUGAGGUGUAAAAUCACGUGCUUUUAAAGUUAUAGAAAAUUUGAGUUCAAACAUGAACCACCUUAAACAUUAUGUAAAUAACAAUGGUAUGUCAUCUGAUCAGUCACUUCCAUUGCUUUUGAAAAGGAACUGGAGAACAAUCAGCAAAUUUCUACAAUGUUAGAACUUUCAUCAAUAAAAGCAAUAACACUUAUAUUAGA